AUGAUGAGCUUCUGGCGACACUUACACCGCGGGGCUUUUAGAGCCUUCUACGCCAACAAAAGCACAACACAUGAUGAAGAGAAUCUUGGUUGUGGAUCUGAAUUGUUGAGAUGCACACGAAAAAAUCGACAACGGAUACCAAGGCCGAAAAAGUCUACCUGGCUUAUUAUUCUAAUAGAUCUGGUGGUCGUUUGCCUGCUGCUUCAGACUUUCGAGCCCCUCAUUAUUCUGCUACGCAGAAAUGAAGAGCUCUUUGGAUCGCGGGUAGCUCUGCAUACUACUUACACGCCUGAUGCCGAGCAUCAAAGAGCCUCUUCGUGGGAGAUACCGCGAAUCCUACACCAAACCAGUGCCACUGAAACGAUACCAGACAAGUGGAUUCAGUCGCAGCAGAGUUGCAAAGAAGCCUAUUCGGACUUUGAUUACAAGCUAUGGACCGACGAGUCGGCGCGAAACUUCCUUUCUAUCGAAUACCCUUGGUUUGUCGAUACCUGGGACAAAUACAACUUCCCAAUCCAGCGUGCAGAUGCUCUACGCUAUUUUGUUUUGUAUCAUUUCGGUGGUGUCUACCUCGACAUGGAUACCUGGUGCAACCAAACAUUACCCAUUCACGAGAUUGAAUCUGACACAUCGACACAGUACGCCUUGUUCAAAUCAACAGUGCCGACCGGCGUGACCAACGACUUCAUGGUAACCACUGCAAGACAUCCAGUUUAUGCGGCAGCAAUUGCCAAGUUACCCAUCUUCCAUGCGAUAACUCGCCCCUGGGCUCAAUGGCAGCCAUACUGUGCCAUUAUGAUAUCCGCCGGGCCCAUGUUCCUCACUCUUGUGAUCAAGGAAUACUUGAUUCAACAGCCUUCACUACCCUCGCCGAUAGUAGGGGUUAUCAAUGCAACGCAGUUAGCGCCGUACACUACCGAUCUGGAGAGCGGUACUUGGCAUAAAUCCGAUGCACGUGUGCUCAUGUGGAUUGGACAUAGGCCAUGGACUUGGUUCUUGAUGGGAGCCGUCGGAUUAGCGAUUGGUCUAUCGAUCUUUCAUCGUGUGCUCAUGAUGAUCUUUGGUGUACUUCGCAGGGUCAAGUCCGACUCCUGCAAACCGAAAUUGGCCAAGGCAUCAUAA